UUCCUGAGUUACCACAUGCAAAAAUGUCAUGUCCGAACAACAUAGCUCCCGGUAACUUCCUCAUGGAUUCCUUAAUGGGAGGAUCAUCUUCCUUCAGGGGUGAGGGUUAUUCCAGCAACCCCGGAAUGUACAUCCACUCAGCUGCAGAGUACGGAUAUUCAGUGAUGAGAAACAAUGGCAAGGUUGGACCGUCUCCCCUCUCCAAAAGAGACGAGCUUCCUCCGGGCGCUCUGCCGCUCAGCGGCUUCCAGGAUGCGUCCUACCUGUCAACACAGCUGGCUCCGUGGACCCCAGGCUCCAAAACCAGUAGGGACGAACAACCUGUUGCCCAGUGUUUACAACCCUGCUCGUUUCCAGCGGGCAGCGUCAAAGAGGAGGCGUUUUGUUGCCUCUAUCAGGAUGACAGCAAUAAGGGGAAGCAGACAACAGAGUCAGCCACUUACAUCCGGCUUGGGGACAAUAGCAGUCGGUCUGAGCAAACUGCCGCCUCAUCCAGCGGCUGUUUCCAGGUGUACAACGUAGAGAGGCCGCAGCAAGACGACCAGCAAUUCCCCUCCGGCUUCUCUCUGACCCACUUGGCGACAUCUGUUGAAUCAGCGGCAGAAUCGACAAUAAGUUGCAGUAAAUCGGCGCAGGACACAACGAGGGAGGUUUCAAAAGCAGAUGAGAGUCAGAGCAAGAGGGAAGAGAAGGCCAAGAGUGACAGCUGUUCAGAUAACUCGGACGGGGAAUUAAAAGGUGACUUAUCCGCGGAAAAGACAACGGGGAACUGGUUAAAAGCCAAAAGUGGAAGGAAGAAGCGGUGUCCCUACACAAAGCACCAGACGCUGGAGCUGGAGAAGGAGUUCUUGUUCAACAUGUAUCUGUCUCGGGAGCGCCGCCUGGAGAUCAGCCGGAGUAUUAACCUGACCGACAGACAGGUCAAGAUCUGGUUCCAAAACAGACGCAUGAAGCUCAAAAAGCUCAGCAGGGAGAACCGAGAAAGGGAGCACAGUGCAGUUUACAACUACUCCUGAAUUUUUUUUUUUAAAUCGCCGCACAUAUGCACACUCACACAUACAUUUACACGCAUACAUACACACACUUACCACAUGCAUAUGCAUAGACACGACAGAUACACACAUGCAUGUGUCAUUUUUGUAAUGAAACCAAUCAGCCAUUCAUUUAUACAUUUUUCUCUUCAUAUGUACACAAACACACACAUAGCUACACACAACGUGCCUUCCUUAUAAAAACGGUGCAACUUGCAGACCAAACUUAACUUCUGGGUGAACACUUGCAGCAGCACUGGAACAGUGAGGUGUUACCAUAUAAUUAUAGUUAUAAUAUGACAUGAUCCAAAGGAAAGGAGGAGGCAAUUCUCAAGUAGUCUAUAAAUAACAAGUGGCAUGUGAGCAGUUUCACUUUGCUAAGCUGUAAUGAAUGUUUUGCCACUUGCUUCUUCCCUGGUCUCUGUUGCUGUGGCAUUUUUUUCGUGCAGUGUAAUGUGCAUGCACAAGAUGAUUUUAAGCUAUGUCAUGGCAAACGAUUCCAAAACAAUAAAAAAAAAGGAGGAAGGAAAUGGAAAGGUAUUACCAACUUUGUCCUUCCCCUGACAUAGUGGUGAAAAUGAGAGGGAGGGAGAGAGACUGCGGAUGAGAGAAGGAGAUCAUGGCAGUUUUAAUAGAAGUGAGAGACCAUAACGUUGAUUUAAAUAUUAUCCAGGUGACCACAGUAAGUCAAGGUCAUAAAAUUCUAAUGUCAGGUUCGCCCUGGAAAGCGUUGGGGGUGGAUUUUAUGAUCUGCAAAUAUAAUGUGCUGCAGCAGUAAAGAUGCGUUUAAAGGUGUGUGUGGAGGAGGGCUAAUCCACACAGCAGAGACUGCAAUGUGCAGGAUCCAGGCGAGGCGCGCUGGGCUGGAAGGAGCAGCCUGCCUCCACCCGGGAUAAUGGAGCUACAUGGGAGCAGGAGAUAAGAAAGAUGGUGGAUAAAGGAGGAACGCGGCGGCCGCAGGAACAAUAACAAGGCAAACACGUGGAUAACAAAGCGUACCUGGGAGGCGUCUGCAGGAUGCAAGAGGAAGAGGGAUCUUCGGGACAGUCACCGCCUCUACCAGCCGCUGCCUGCGUUUAUUCCCCCCACCGGAGGCAAUAAAACCGCGACUGGGAAGGCAAAAGGAGCAAGCAAGCCUGCAAGAAAAGACUUUCUCCGGCAAACAGACACCACGAGCUGCUUGUCGACGGAAUGUGAGGACGAGGCAGCACGGGAGAUGUGCGUUGUGUUGAUAUUUCCCUCUCGCCAUCGGUGACCCCCUCCACCCCCCACCCCACCCCUCGAGCUGCUGCGUUGGACGCCACAAAGUAUGGACAGUCUGCCGAGCUGCUGGCUUCCCCUUAUCGGAGGAAGAAAGGGCUUUGUGGCAGUGAGGAAGCAGUACCUUUCUCCGGACUGUGUAGUCGGUGGUGUGGAGGACUGAGAGCUGCUGCAACAGUUCAUCGGGUCAAAAUGAGUGGCACCGUGGAUUUCUCAGU